UCUUGAACGGAAGUCGCUAUCAGAAGACUACAAAUUUAAAUUGAAAAUGUCAUCCAAAAAACGUCCAAAUGGGUUCUAUAUGUUUAUGCUGGAAGAACAACAAAAUAUUUAUAGAAACACCAAACGGAAGCCUUCAAUGAAAGAGAUGCCAGAUCUUUGCUAUGCUAAAUGGCUGUCCCUGUCUAACAAUGAAAGAGAAAUGUAUGAGGCCCAGGCCAAGCGUGAACCCACAAACUAUGGGAAACAAGAUUGUCUCAGACAGUUUAUAGCUGGUCGAGCCAACCCAGCUUUGGAUGACUUAACUCGAAGACGGCAGGAGAUCAAAAUGUUGCAAGGUUUGCUUCAGCCUGCGAACAAAAAAAGCACAGAACUGCGCACCACUAAAUUCCUUCUAGUGGAUUUCCAAGUAAUGUACGAUGAAGGGAAUGAACCACAUAUUCCAAUGGAGGUUGGGUUAGUGUGGAUCUCCUUGCAGCACGGCAUACUAAGAGAGUUUCAUAAAGUCAUCAACCCAGGAGAGCCCCCUCAAGGAAACAGGUCCAUAGCCAUUGAGUUUGCUGAAAAACAUCACCAGAUCCCCAUUGAUGAUGAACGAGGAGAAACUAACAUGAAAAGUCUGUGGCAGGAAAUUGAAAGAUUUUGUCAGCCAGAUGAGGAUAGUAUAGAUAUACUUUUUUGUCUGUCAGCUCACAGGGAUAGAGUUGAGAACUGUUUAUACUACAUACAUGACCGGGGUGCACCACACGAGCCUGACACUUUAACAAAGAUCUACUGUGUUGAAGAUCUGGUGCUUACUUUGCUGGAACUGUCCAUGGCUUUGAAGGAAAGACCUGCUGUCUCACAGAUUUACGAUACCCUCAUACAAAACAGAUGGGACUACACCGGAUGCAUUAGAUGUCAUUUCCAUCAAGAAGCUGACACACCUUUCUGUUCAAUAGCCAUUGUCAAGAGGUAUAGUUUUGUCAUAUUUGACUUGCUGGCCAACAUGUUUGGUUGUGAUUUAAGCCCCCGUCAUAUGCCUGAUGAAACGAAUGGCUCCUUUUUGUUGGUGCCCCUGGGAAAAAAGAAUGAGCCAGAUAGAAGAGCACGAGGGCCAAGGUUUGGCAGAUCUGAGUCUGUCAGGGCCAUUUCACCCCCACAGCUUGAGCGAACAGCAACUGAGGCAAUUGAACGCGUAACGAUAAGCUUAUCAAGUGAUAGUGAUUCAGAUGAGUUGGAGGUUGAGAUAUCAGAAAUCAAAUCCUCCACUUUAAGAGAACUUCGCCCUCCUAGGACAGCCCCAUUUUCCAGCCACUUAAGCCAGUCAGCUCAUGGAUUAUCUGCUGCACUGCCUUUUGGCAGAGGAGUAACUGUGGCCCUCCCUACCACCUCUGCUUCUUCUGUUACCCCACCACCUGGGUUCAUCAGAGCUGGGAAUCUAGUCAAACCAGUUGCUGUCAGACCUGGCUCCAGUUAUAGUUCCUCUAUGAAGCAUUGUUAUUCCAGUGGAGAUAUGCCUCAAGGACCCUAUAGCUCACGGCCAGGAGUAGACUUUGAAGAAACAUCAUCUCAUAGCUUUAGUCGUGGAGAUCCUAUGGGACGAGGCAGAGAAGCCUUCAACCAGAUGGUGACUAAGGGAUUACGAGGCAGAGGAAGAGGACUACCGCCCCAGUCCUAAAAGAAAAUGUAAAAUUAUUUUUGUGUGGCUGUACUUAUUCUUGCAGAUGUGAUAACGAUUUCCAUCUCAAAUUGUCUGAAUUUAGGGGUCUGCACAAAAUUAUAUCAAAAAAUGUAUAUUAGUGAAAAAGUAAUGAAUGCUUUGCCAGCCAAUGAGAAAACAUUGAAUAGAUUAUGUCUUAUGGCUGUUAAGAAAUGUAUUUUUGUAUCCUUUUCUUGUGAACUUUAAUAAAUUCAAUGGUCCCCAUGCUAGCCAUGCCAAUUGAUCUCACUAAUAUAUUUAUUCUCAAGCAAGAAUGACUUAAUCUUAAGUUGUAUUACAAAAUCAACUGGGUCUUAUGCAGCUCAUGGCAAAACAGAAUAGUUAUGAUUUAGUAAGUUAAGAUUAAAUUGCCUAUCUUUAAGUGGCUUUGCCGAAACAUGUAUCAGCCACUGCAUAUGUUUGUGAAAUAGUGCUAGUCAGAGCACUUUGUUGAUAUUAAGUUUGGAAUUAGAAUUGACAUGUUUUUGUUAACUUUUUUUCUGUUUGUUGUUUGAUAAGUUUAUAACAAACAUUUCAUUAUUUCAGUGCCAAUAAAUUUGAAGUUUGUUAUUUUAUAUUCAACCUGUUAUAAAUUUGUUAAUAAAAUAAACUAUUUAAAUCUUUCAA